AUGGGGUUAACUGCGACAAGGGUGGAAGCCGCUUCGGCCGACCCCGACACCGCCGUCCUCGACACUGCCGUCGGGGCAGACGCCACCACCCCUGACGCCGCCGGCCUCGUCGACAACCCCGGCACAUGCGUCGCCGUCUCCGUCGAAGUCGCCCCGGCCAUCGACGACGCCGACGCGCGUCCCGCACUAUCCCCCACCGCCACCGUCUCCGUCGCGGCUGCCGGAGCGGGUGUUCCUGUUCCCACCGCCUCCACGGCCUCCAUCGCGGCUGCUGGGGCACGCGUCCCUGCCCCCGUUGCGGCCGCCAGGGCAGGCGUCCCAGCCGCCGCCGUCGCCUUCGCCGCGGCUGCCAGGGCGGGUGUCCCCGCCUCCACCGCCACCGUCGUCCCCGUCGCGGCCACGAGGGUGGAUUUUCCCUCCUCCGACUCCGCCGCCGUCUACGUCGUGGUCGCUGGGGCAACUGCCCCCAUCCCUGCCGCCGCCAUCUCCGCCGUCGCCAUCGGAGCCGCAGGCUCCUCCGCCUUGUCGUCGAGGUCUAUCACCUCGCCGGUCGGAGGGACCCCAGAGGCAAUGCCCUGUCCCGCAGGGUCAGCCGCGGGGGUAGAAGGCAGAGUAGGGGUCGGACCCUGCCUCGUGCCCGGCUACGACACCAUUCCUCCGGUUGCCGCCGUAGGGGCCGCCUCCGCAGUAGGCUCCGCAGUCUCCCCGGCGACACUGCCGCUCGCCGCUGGUGGGGUCGCGGUUCGCCCUGCGGAAGUGGACGACACCCGUAGCGCCUUCUUCGGCGCCAAGAGCGGGACGAAGUCCCGAGGGGCGGCGCUGUGA